AUGCCAACCGUGGAAGAAAGCAAUCAAGGCCGCAAGCGGAAAGCUACCCACAAUGCGACGGAAGUCGCCGCGGUAGAGGCCGUUGUGUCGUCGCCUCUUCCUGCAGCAUCUUGCAGCUUUGUCGACAGCAAGCACGUGUUUCCAACGAACGCCAACAAGCGCAACUGCAUCGUCUGCACUUACGAGCGCUCUACCCGCAAGCAGAAGACGGUGCACUGCCAGUUCCACCAAGUCAACCUUUGCAGCAUACCGCAAGAUUCCAACCGCGAAGCCGAGCCGUACGAGUGCCCCAACGUCGAUUGGCCGUGCUGGAAGAAGUACCACGAGUUCUACCUUCAGCACGACGUCUUCCAGAAGACCAACGGCAGACAGAACAAGAAGUCGGCUUUGUACAAGCUCAAGGCAAGCAUGGUUGGCCCGGCGGCGAAGAAGCGCAAGGACGAUAGCCACGAACUUGAUUGA